AUGGAUCAAGAAGAAAGAACGCUUGAGACUAUAAGCCAUUCAGAAACUAGUACGUCUAAUGGGGGAAAGCCUGAGGUGCCGCUGAACGCACCAUUCUCUAGGUGUCUGAUGAAGAAGAAUGAUGAACAACAGUUCAAGUGCUUUCUUGAGCUACUAAGGCAGUUAAAUAUCAACAUUCCACUUAUAGAGGCCUUGGAGCAGAUGCCAACAUAUGUCAAAUUUUUUAAGGACAUAUUGACAAAGAAAAGAAGAGUCGGUGAGAAUGAAGUAAUCACGCUAACGCAAGAGUGCAACGCAUUAGUAAGCAAUAGUCUACCAAAGAAGCGGAAGAACCCCGGGAGCUUCACAGUUCCUUGCUCGAUAGGAGGAUUGGAUGUGGGUCAUGCGUUGUGCGAUUUGGGAGCCAGCAUUAAUCUCAUGUCAUUCUCAAUUUUUAAGAAACUGGGAAUUAGCGAAGCACAACCCACUUUUGUUACUCUUCAGCUUGCUGACGGAACAAUUAAGUACCCAGAAGGAAAGAUUGAAGACGUUCUGGUAAAGGUUGACAACUUCAUAUUCCCAGUAGACUUUAUUUUCUUGAACUAUGAAGUGGAUAGGCAGGUACCAAUUAUUCUUGGACGCCCCUUCCUAGCUACUGGGAAAGUUUUAAUUAACAUGCAUAAAGGCGAAUUGACUAUGCGCGUAGAUAAUCAAGAGGUGAAGUUGAAUGUGCUCAAUGCAUUAAAGUUCUCAGAUAAUGAAGCUUGA